AAUACAUAGAUAAGGACACUAACAACAUUGUAGUAACAUCAAUUUUGAAGGAAGAUACAAAGAAAACAUAGUAAACAUCGUAGUCUUAAAUUUUUAACUAAGUUUUCCUAUAAAUUUCAGUAAUUCUCCCACAACUUCAAGACAUCACAAGUAGAAAAGAAAAGAGUAAGAGUCCAAAGAGUUAUUAUUGUUAACAUGUCAAAGGGAGACAAUGUUGUUGUUUUGGACUUCUGGGCUAGUCCAUUUUGUGGUAGAGUGAAAACUGCUCUGGAAGAGAAAGGUGUGAAUUAUGUGAGCAAUGAAGAGGAUAUAAUUGGGAAAAAAAGUGAGCUUCUUUUGAAGUCGAAUCCUAUUCACCAAAAGGUGCCUGUGUUCUUGCACAAUGACAAACCUGUUCUUGAAUCUGCUAUCAUUGUUAGCUACAUUGAUGAGGUUUGGCCUUCCAACCCAUUGCUUCCAGCUAAUGCUUAUGAUCGCGCACAAGCUAGAUUUUUGGCUGAUUUCAUCGACAAAAAGGUAUUUGAAACUGGGAGGAGCAUUUGGGCUAGCAAUGGAGAAGAGAGAGAAGUGGGAACAAGAGACUUCCUUGAAGUUAUAAAGCAUCUAGAAGAAGCUCUUGGAGAGAAAGACUAUUUUGGUGGUGAUGCUUUUGGCUUUGUUGACAUCAUAGCCAUUCCUCAUUCUGCAUGGUUUUUAGCAUAUGAGAAACUUGGUGGAUUUAAAAUUGAAGAUCACUCACCAAAAUUCUCAGCUUGGAUUAAGAGAAGCUUGGAAAGAGAAUCUGUGAAGAAAGUACUUCCUGACCCUGAAAAGGUUUACCAGUUUGUCCUUCAUUUCAGGAAGAUGUUAGAACUUGAAUGAGGUUAAGAAUGCAUUUCAGGAAGAUAUCAUCUAUGGGAUUUCUAUUGCUUUUCAACUAUAUUUUAGUGUUUCAAUUCUGUAAUAUGUUGUUCCUUUACUCUUGUAUUUCUGUUGUAAUAAAGGUUUGAAAGAGUUUCAUCCCAAUAGCAAAAGUGGACCUCACUACAGAUUGGAUUUGGAUUAAACAUAGUUAUUGCUUUCCAUUGUUUUUUAU